AUGGCAUCAGUGUCUACUCAACCGCAGUUCCGGUACACGCAGCCACCGUCGAAGGUGCUUCAUUUGAGAAACUUGCCGUGGGAGUGUAUAGAAGAGGAGCUGGUUGAACUUGGGAAGCCGUUUGGUAAAGUUGUCAACACGAAGUGCAAUGUCGGAGCAAAUCGAAAUCAAGCUUUUAUUGAAUUUGCAGAUAUAAAUCAAGCCAUUGCGAUGAUAUCAUAUUAUGCAUCAUCGUCAGAGCCUGCUCAAGUACGAGGGAAAACUGUGUAUUUGCAAUACUCCAAUAGACAAGAAAUAGUGAAUAACAAAACUGCUGCGGAUGUUGCUGGGAAUGUACUGUUGGUAACAAUUGAGGGUGAAGAUGCACGUCUUGUGAGCAUAGAUGUUUUGCACUUGGCCCGUAUCAAGGCAAUAUCUUCGAUGGCAGCCUAG